CCAGAGUAGCCUUCCAAUGUGGGUUUGGCUGUUUCUGCCAACACUCUUUUGGCUGCCUGAGGUUCAAGGUAACUGUACCUCUCCAGUACCACCGCUCCACUCAACACUAAAGGAAGACAUCCCAAAAGAAAGCUAUAUGGUUGGAACUGUCCUGACAUACCGUUGCAUCUCAGGUUAUGAAUAUAUUCCUGGAAUUAGCCCAUCAAUUACAUGUCUGAACACUUCAAAAUGGUCUGAAAUUUCAUCAUUGUGUCGAGGGAGGAAAUGUCCCACUCCAAAUAUACCAAAUGGCAAGACAGAUGCUGAUGAUGAGGACGACAUCCGUUUGGGUGGCAAUGUAACUUUCUCCUGUGUACAUGGGUUUAGACUUGUUGGUGAAGCUACACUUAACUGUGUUCUGAAAGAUGGCAAGGUUGAUUGGAAUAGAGAGUUCCCUGUUUGCGAACAUAUCCCUUGUAAUCGUCCUGAAAAUAUUCCUGAUGGACAAUUUGAUCCUGACCCUAAAGACGAAUAUUGUGUAGGAUCAGUUGUAAUCUACCGCUGCAACAGUGAUUUCUCCCUGAUUGGACAUUCAACCAUCACAUGCAUAACUACAGAAGAUGGCCGAAAUGGGAAGUGGAAUUUACCUGCCCCUGAAUGUAAAAAGGUCAAGUGUGAUCUACCAAAAGUGGAAAAUGGGAAAUUAAUUAAUGUACCUAAGCCUUCAUAUACCUAUAAUGAAGCCAUCAGCUUUGAAUGUAAUUCCAGCUAUUCUGCUGUGGGAAGCCUGCAUAUUAAAUGUGGGGCUAACAGUUCAUGGCUUCCUGCCAUUCCCGAAUGUGUUAAAGGAUUUACAGAAAAGCCAAAUACUACUUCAAAAGCAGGAUACAAAAAAACUACAGCACUUGGAAAACUAAUCUUCCUCCUGGCUCUUCUGUAUAAUUGCUGGUGAAGUCAUGAAAUCAAACAUAUGGGAAAUCUAUCAAGAUUUUAUUUUAUUAUGUUGAGUAUCUGCUUGAUUUAUUUAUUUUAUUUCAUUGCUAAACAUAAAAUACAAACUCCUUAAAACCAUUUAUCUGUUGGUUUGUUUAUUGCAUUUAUAUUCCAUAUUUUUUUCUGAAAGCAGGAAUAUAUGGGGUCACCCCUGUUUUAUUCCCCAAACAGCAGCCUUGUUAAGAAAGUUAUACUGAGAAUGACUUAGCAAGGGUUAACUCACGAGUUCCACAUUUUUAAAAAUACUUUAUUAAAUUUCAUUAAACUACAAAAAAGUGAGGGAUUCAAAAAGGUAGAAAGGU